AUGAAUCAAGAAAUGUUAUCAUAUUCUUUUCUAUUCUCCUCAUUAGGUGACAACAACCGCCGGUUAAUACAACAGCCGUAUUACCAGAGCGCUUCAAUUGACCAACUCAAUUUAAAAGAACCACAUAUUCGCACCAACAGUGACUGCUGUCUGAAAAUCCAGCGAACUGCAAACGCAUUCAUCGAAGUUUCGUCUAUAACCAUUCAAACCAUGCAGCUAUUGGUAGUACUGUUACUAAUCAGUUGUAGCGAAGCAGCACCGAGUAAGAUAUCAGUUGGAAAACGGGCAAUUUCACAGACCUACAUGGGGUGUUACUAUGAUGUACAACAUCUGUCGAUGGAUAUAGCGCCACCUACUUAUGACGAAGCAAUGACAAUAGAGACAUGUGCUGAUACAUGCGCAAGUGAAAUGGACAGCUCAAGUGUGUCAUAUUUCGGGUUACAGUUCGGUGAUGCAUGCUUUUGCGGACUCAAUUUAGAAACGUACAUACCAGUCGAAGAAGAUUUCUGUACUUGGCCAUGUAUGGGUGAUCAAUCCCAGAUUUGCGGUGGAAUGACCGAAAUUAGUAUUUACAAAUUAGUAAAAUCCAGUGGAGGAGUGAGGGGAGACCCCCAUGUUAGAACAUUUGAUGGACGUCGUUACAGCUAUCAAGGCCUGUGCUGGCAUACUCUGUUUAAAGACUGCACCAAUCCGAGCCCUGCAUUUGAGGUCAGAGCGAAGUUUGAGACCCCGAAUGGUAGCCUAAGUGACCGCUUACGAACAAGAACUGUUUCAAUAAACAUCACUGUUGGUGAUGAAUACGCUAUUGUCGAUCGUCUACACGUAGUUACAGGGGACACAGGAUUGGUAUCAAAACCGAGAAGAAUACAGAUAGAGGAAGACGGGAAAAUGGUUGUGUUCAGUUUCAAGUCCCACAAUACAACAUUUACAUUGGAAUGGACAUUGUACAGACACGUGUUUGACGCAUCUUUCGUUGGCUCUGACUACAAUGGUAAAUUGUGUGGUCUUCUGGGUAAUGCCGAUGGCGACAGGAGAAAUGACUUUGUGAAACCUGAUGGUACGCUUGCAAUUGGCGUGGACGAAUUCGGAGAGAGCUGGAAGGUGCACGGAAUAACUUGCGCUUAAGCUUGGAACUGAAGAGGAAUCAUAUUAGUUUUGAAAUCACGGAAAUUAUAUCAAGUUUACGAUUCAUAUUGUAGUGGCCAGCAUAUAAUUGUACCCGAGAACAGUUAAAUGUCGAUUAUUUGGAAUCGAUUUAAACAGCUUACAAGUUAAUGAAAUGAAAAUAUGAAUAAAAACUAUGAAUAUGUUAA